AUGCUCUGCACCUGCCCCACCGCAAUGCUCUGCACCUGCCCCACUGCAAUGCUCUGCACCUGCCCCAUUGCAAUGCUCUGCACCUGCCCCACUGCAAUGCCCUGCACCACCUGCUCCACCGCAAACGCCCUGCAAAUGCCCUGCACAUUGCCAAGGCUCCGCUGCCACGGCAAAUUGCGAAUGCCUGCAGAUGCUCCGCUGCCCACCGCAAAUGGCACUGCACUGCUCCGCCACUGCGAAUCGUCGUCGACGGCCACGGCAAAUGGACCGCUGAGGCUGGCUUGCCUGGCAUGCCUGGGCCGCGUCCCGCUGGAUCUGGCUGCUGCUGCUCGCUACUGCACUGGACGCGCCGGCGUGCUGCUAGUGCCUUGGUGCACAGAACCUGGGCAGCUACAGUGGGAACCCAGUCCGUCAGGCAGGUCAGCAAGGUCAGGCAAAGGUCUGGCACUGGCUGACUCGAGGACGCUGACGAGAAACAGCCCACGUCAUCUCUCUGUCUUGGUCAUCGAGGUUCCAUGGGGGACUUCUCAGAUCAUGGGGUCCCCAGGCCAUGGCAUGGAGGAACGACUCGAGACGGCGGCGAUGGCGAGCGCUGGACGGCACGAGGAAGAUGCUGCCGUGCCACAGUGGCCGUCACGAUGCUGUUGUGUCAAAAGCACGAGAUGGCCCUCGCGGCCAGAGCCGCCCCAUGUCACGCCAUCACCCAUGGUCCGAUCUGUGCCAGGGUUCGCUGCCCGAGAGCCAUCAGAAUGGGCUCUCAUCAGCCGGCCGAAAGCGGGAAUAGUACAGGCUGCUUUCUGUCCCGAUAGAGCACAUGACUAA